GCCAGCUCCCCUCCUCCACUGACUUGAUUCUGUUUUCCUUCAUCCUCUUACUUCAAAUUACAGACCUGGUGUAUUCAAGAUGGCGGACGGAAUUGACAGACGCGCUGAUGACCGCAUGGAGUUCAACACCUCGAAGGAGGUCACUGUUGCUCCUACCUUCGAGGACAUGCACCUGAAGGAGAGCCUUCUCCGAGGUAUUUACGCUUAUGGUUAUGAGUCUCCGUCGGCUGUCCAGUCCCGUGCUAUUGUUCAGAUCUGCAAAGGUCGCGAUACCAUUGCCCAGGCGCAAUCCGGUACUGGUAAGACCGCUACCUUCUCGAUCAGUAUCCUCCAGGUCAUCGAUACCGUCGUCCGCGAAUCUCAGGCCCUCGUCCUAUCCCCCACUCGUGAACUUGCCACCCAGAUUCAGUCCGUCAUUAUGGCCCUCGGUGAUUACAUGAACGUCCAAUGCCACGCUUGCAUCGGAGGCACGAAUAUUGGAGAGGAUAUCAGGAAGCUUGACUACGGUCAGCAUGUCGUUUCGGGCACCCCGGGCAGAGUCGCCGAUAUGAUUCGCAGACGCCAUCUGCGCACCCGUCACAUCAAGAUGCUGGUUCUCGAUGAAGCCGAUGAACUCCUCAACCGUGGUUUCCGUGAACAGAUUUACGACGUCUACCGCUACCUUCCUCCUGCCACCCAAGUCGUUGUUGUUUCCGCUACCCUCCCCUACGAUGUGCUCGAUAUGACCACCAAGUUCAUGACCGACCCCGUGCGUGUCCUGGUCAAGCGUGACGAAUUGACCCUCGAAGGCAUUAAGCAGUACUUCAUUGCGGUGGAGAAGGAAGAGUGGAAGUUCGAUACCCUUUGCGAUCUUUACGAUACCUUGACGAUCACCCAGGCGGUCAUCUUCUGCAACACCCGUCGCAAGGUCGACUGGCUCACCGACAAGAUGCGCGAAGCCAACUUUACUGUGUCCAGCAUGCACGGUGAAAUGCCCCAGAAGGAGCGUGACAGCAUUAUGCAGGAUUUCCGCCAGGGUAACUCCCGUGUGCUUAUCUCCACCGAUGUUUGGGCUCGUGGUAUCGACGUGCAGCAGGUGUCCCUGGUCAUCAACUACGAUCUGCCCACCAACCGUGAAAACUACAUCCACCGUAUCGGUCGUAGUGGUCGUUUCGGACGUAAGGGUGUUGCCAUCAACUUCGUCACCAGCGAUGACGUGCGCAUCCUCCGUGACAUUGAACUUUACUACUCCACUCAGAUUGACGAGAUGCCCAUGAAUGUUGCCGAUCUUCUGUCAUAAGCAAUAUAAUUAUGCCUAACAUAUCGACCAGUUUAUCCUUAACUAAGGUCACUUACGAGUCAUCACCUGGCAUCAAGCUCGCGCAUCCGAAUAGUACCAAUGCCUCGCUCCUCCCUAUACAAAUCGACAAGAUGGACAAAAUGGCCCAGAACACCGUGAAGGGGCGGAGAUUCGCGUGGAGGAAAUGGGAAAAUUACCAAAUUGUGUUGUUCGAGU